GUCGACCUCACAUCCCCUGGCGCGCAUGAAGAUGAAGGGGACCGUCGCCGCGGCGCUGAUUCUGGCCGCGCUCCUCGCGGGCGCGGCGGAGGCGUCCAAGUGGACCUUGACCAAGAAGGGCACCGUCGUCUCCUACGACGAGCGCUCCCUCCUCAUCGACGGCAAGCGGGACCUCUUCUUCUCGGGCGCCAUCCACUACCCGCGCAGCCCCCCCGAUAUGUGGCACAAGCUGCUCAAGACCGCCAAGGAUGGCGGCCUCAACACCAUCGAGACCUACGUCUUCUGGAACGCCCACGAGCCCGAGCCCGGCAAGUACAAUUUCGAAGGCAGGAACGACUUGAUCAAGUUCCUCAAGCUCAUCCAGAGCCACGACAUGUACGCCCUCGUGCGCAUCGGCCCAUUCAUCCAGGCAGAAUGGAAUCACGGUGGAUUGCCGUAUUGGCUCAGGGAGAUUCCACACAUAAUAUUCCGCGCCAACAACGAGCCUUACAAGAAAGAAAUGGAGAAGUUUGUGAGAUUCAUAGUGCAAAAGUUGAAGGAUGCCGAAAUGUUCGCAUCUCAAGGAGGGCCCGUUAUUCUAGCCCAGAUCGAGAAUGAGUAUGGGAAUAUUAAAAAGGACCAUAUAGUUGAAGGUGACAAGUACCUUGAAUGGGCUGCCCAAAUGGCCAUCAGCACCAACACUGGAGUCCCAUGGAUAAUGUGCAAGCAAUCUACGGCCCCUGGUGAAGUGAUUCCUACUUGCAACGGAAGGCACUGUGGGGACACAUGGACUCUGAAAGACAAAAAUAAACCCCGCCUUUGGACCGAGAAUUGGACUGCACAGUUCAGAGCAUUUGGUGAUCAAUUAGCUUUGCGUUCAGCAGAGGACAUUGCAUAUUCCGUGUUACGUUUUUUUGCCAAGGGUGGGACAUUGGUAAACUACUACAUGUAUUAUGGUGGAACAAAUUUUGGAAGGACGGGUGCUUCCUAUGUGUUGACCGGAUAUUAUGAUGAAGGCCCCGUCGAUGAAUACGGUAUGCCGAAGGCUCCCAAGUAUGGGCAUCUCAGGGACUUGCACAAUUUAAUCAAGUCAUACAGUAGAGCUUUCCUUGAGGGGAAACAAUCAUUCGAGCUAUUGGCUCAUGGGUAUGAGGCACACAACUUCGAGAUUCCUGAGGAAAAGCUAUGCUUGGCUUUCAUCUCCAACAACAAUACAGGGGAGGAUGGAACCGUGAAUUUCCGAGGGGACAAGUACUACAUUCCGAGCCGCUCUGUUUCCAUCCUUGCAGACUGCAAGCAUGUGGUGUACAACACAAAGAGAGUGUUUGUUCAACACAGUGAAAGGUCAUUCCAUACUGCCCAAAAGCUAGCCAAGAGCAAUGCUUGGGAGAUGUACUCAGAGCCGAUUCCGAGGUAUAAACUAACUAGUAUCCGGAACAAGGAACCCAUGGAGCAGUAUAACCUGACCAAGGACGAUAGUGACUAUUUGUGGUACACCACAAGCUUUCGCUUGGAGGCAGAUGAUUUGCCAUUCAGGGGUGACAUCCGGCCUGUGGUUCAGGUCAAAAGCACUUCACAUGCUUUGAUGGGAUUUGUCAAUGAUGCCUUUGCAGGGAAUGGUCGUGGAAGCAAGAAAGAAAAGGGUUUCAUGUUUGAAACACCCAUUAAUCUAAGAAUAGGUAUCAACCAUCUCGCACUACUAUCAUCAUCCAUGGGAAUGAAGGACAGUGGUGGUGAACUCGUUGAAGUAAAGGGUGGCAUUCAGGAUUGCACAAUACAGGGUCUCAACACGGGUACCUUAGAUUUACAAGUUAAUGGUUGGGGCCAUAAGGUCAAAUUGGAGGGUGAGGUGAAGGAGAUUUACACGGAGAAAGGCAUGGGUGCUGUUAAGUGGGUACCUGCCACGACUGGACGGGCUGUCACCUGGUACAAGAGAUACUUUGACGAGCCAGACGGGGAGGAUCCUGUUGUCCUUGACAUGACUUCUAUGGGCAAGGGUAUGAUAUUUGUGAACGGCGAAGGCAUGGGUCGCUACUGGCCGUCAUACAGAACUGUUGGUGGAGUCCCUUCCCAAGCAAUGUACCAUAUUCCACGGCCAUUCUUGAAACCUAAGAACAACCUACUGGUCAUAUUUGAGGAGGAGCUUGGCAAGCCGGAAGGCAUACUCAUCCAGACGGUGAGGAGAGAUGACAUAUGCGUGUUCAUCUCGGAGCACAACCCUGCACAGAUAAAGACGUGGGACAAGGAUGGAGGCCAGAUCAAGCUCAUAGCCGAAGACCACAGCACUCGGGGAAUCUUGAAGUGCCCCCCGAAGAAGACCAUCCAGGAGGUAGUCUUUGCCAGCUUCGGCAACCCGGAGGGGUCGUGCGCCAACUUCACUGCAGGCACCUGCCACACUCCCAAUGCCAAGGAUAUAGUCGCCAAGGAAUGCCUUGGCAAGAAGUCGUGUGUGCUGCCAGUGCUGCACACGGUGUACGGUGCAGACAUCAACUGCCCCACGACGACAGCCACACUGGCGGUGCAAGUGAGGUGCCACCCAAAGAAUGGCGAGCCAGAAUAAAUAGAUGACUACACCUUCUCUGGGCUCCUGCACUCACUACCUCUUCACCCCGUUUGGUUUGGAACACGCAUCGAUGCAUUGUGCGUCACCUGUUACGAUUAUAGCUUCGCUGAGGCAUGUGUGCUUGAUCCGGAUCCUGGGGAAUCGAUACGUAAAUGUGAACGAAACUGCUGAGUGAUGAUUGGCUCGAAGAUGUAUUUUCCUUUCCUCCCCUCUUUCUUCUUUUGUUGUUAUUCUGUGUUGUUUCAUGUUAACCAUCACAAUAGGUGUUGAAUAACCAUGAGGGAUAGUUUAGCGAACUCCACAUUUGGUGCAAAAGAACUAUUGUGCUGACCGAGUGGAUAGAAUAAUUCGACGGAUAUGUCCUGUAAAUGCUCUGUCAUGUUUGUGGGGCAUCCUCAAGCCUUCUGCUGCUUGUCUUGUACAUCUCAUCCUGACAAGAAACGAGGUAAAUGACAAAAGUUUAUAUUGUCAAAUUUUGGAUACAGCUGUAUGUAAGUAUUGUAUAUUUGUUAAAA